AUGGCAGGGAUCGUCAACAGUCCUCUUUCUCUCUUCCACAAGCCGGAAUAUGCAAAGCCUCUCCAUGCUCGAUGGGGCGAUGUCUCCAUAUCAGUGCCCACAGACGGCUCAUGGAACCAAUAUGAUAACCCCCAUCGACCCGUUAAGGAGAAGUCCUCCUACGGGCCAGGCUAUGUGCCCGACAUUUCACCGAAAGACCGGAAACUGCACCCAGCGAAAGAAGACGACAUAGACGAAGACACUCGGAGCGUCUGCAGUGAGGCGUCAACCGCCUCCCGACGAAGCUCAUUAUCCAUCGGAGCCCUGCGACCGGGGCGUAUGUCAGUGCGUCUAAACUCGCGCCCUAAACACCUGCGAGGUGAAUCGAAAGCCGAAAGAGUCGCUCACAACGAGCAGACGCGAACGGAGUUCGCAUACAAACCGAUCCAGCACGACUAUCCUUCGGAAGUAGUCGAAAAAUCAUCCAAACACAGCACUCGCUUUAAAUACAUCCCAACUAGCGGGCGUUAUCUCCAAGACUCAGGGCCAGAGACCCCGCGCAGUCAAUCUGUGCAUUCGCCGCGCACUGUCCCCUCACGGCGUGGCUCAUUGCCUGAGUCUUUGGACAGGAGGGACCACGACCGCCAUCGCGACUACUAUGCUCGAGUGAGUACGUAUCGCGAUGAUGACCGCCAGAGUAUCUACUCCAGUGUUGGCGAUGGCUCAGAUAGCUCUGGCUCGCGGCGGAACAAUGGGCCUCAGCCUAGACGGAAGACGUCGCCUUUUGUUGCGGCUGAUGGGAGGAGGGCCUCUGUUUCUAGGCCUAUGACAUUGGCUAUGGUUCCUGAUCCUGAUGAACUGUAUGAGUGA